UGAGCGGGCGCCGUCACAAAAGGAAGUGGCGGCGGCGGCGGCGGCGGCGGCGUCCGUCAGCGCGGGGAGGGGCGGGGGCCCGCGGGGCAGCGCGGCGGCGGCGGGGCAGCGGCGGCAGCGGCGGCAGCGGGAGCGGGGGGAAGCGGCGGCGGCGGCGGGGGCCGCGCCGCGCCAUGGCGCAGCAGCAGAUGAGCAGCUCGCAGAAGGCGCUGAUGCUGGAGCUGAAGUCGCUGCAGGAGGAGCCGGUGGAGGGCUUCCGCAUCACCCUGGUCGAUGAGUCCGACCUCUACAACUGGGAGGUGGCGAUCUUCGGGCCCCCCAACACCCUCUACGAGGGCGGGUACUUCAAGGCUCACAUUAAAUUUCCCAUUGACUAUCCAUACUCACCACCUACCUUCAGAUUCCUGACCAAAAUGUGGCACCCCAACAUUUAUGAGAAUGGAGAUGUAUGUAUCUCAAUUCUUCACCCACCUGUAGAUGACCCACAAAGUGGAGAGCUGCCAUCCGAGAGGUGGAACCCUACCCAAAAUGUCAGGACUAUCUUACUGAGUGUAAUCUCUUUGCUUAAUGAGCCCAACACAUUCUCUCCUGCCAACGUGGAUGCAUCAGUCAUGUUCAGGAAAUGGAGGGACAGUAAAGGAAAAGACAAGGAGUACGCUGAAAUCAUAAGGAAACAGGUUUUGGCUACCAAAGCUGAGGCAGAGAAGGAUGGCGUGAAGGUCCCCACUACGCUGGCAGAGUACUGCAUCAAAACUAAAGUGCCUUCCAAUGACAACAGUUCGGAUUUGCUUUACGACGACUUGUACGACGACGACAUUGAUGAUGAAGACGAGGAGGAGGAGGAUGCCGACUGUUACGAUGAUGAUGAUUCUGGCAACGAGGAGUCGUGACCUGCUCCCCCUGUGCCCCUGUACUGCCCUGCCGACUCAGGCCAGAAGGGAGCAGCGGUAACAUAGCAGCAGUCCAGCAAAAAAGUGGGGGGGGAGGGCCCAAAAAAAAAAAAAAACAAACUCUUGUCUCCUGCUGUCUCCCGUUGUAUGGAUCUGUUUGCUCCUUUUUUAUGGACCUCUUAGAGACCCUCCACAGAAUGUCUGAAUUCUUGCAUUCUUAACCCUUUCAUCACUGUAUUACGAUUUCUUUUUGAAAAAAAGAAAAAAAAACCCCCUUUUCACUUCUCUACGAAACAGCUCACAGCGAAAACAGGUUUGCUCGCGUUUAGGUUCUUGAAUUGCAGUCUUGCAUUGCGAUGUUUAAUGUAUUUAAAGCUGGAAUAAACCCAGUGGAAGCUGGGUUGGGUUUUUUUUUUUUUUUUUUUUUUUUGGGGAGCUCAAGUGCUGCAUUUACUGGGGAAUUAAAAACAAAACAAAGUCCACAUAAAGCAAAUUGCCAAGGUUUAGCUGCUCGAUUUACAAUAAUAGCGUGUGUACAUUCGUUUAGCCUUGUGGUGGUGGCUUUUCCUUUAUAAGGUGUGGGGCGGAGAGUGUAAAGCUACUGUGUGUCGAGCUUGAUGGGAUAUCACUGAAAGGUACAGUAUUCCUUUUCCAGCCUGCUCAAGAUAUAGGAAAUAGCUGGUCCCUGGAGCCCGAGAGGGCACAAUCAGCUUUGUCUCUGAAAAAGGCUUGUGAUAUGAACCCUAAAAUAAACACUUAACACUUCAUGUCUGUACAACUGAGCCCUGGGUUGCUAUUUAUUUUAUGUUUUAUUCUUUUUCAGACUAGGUGGGGUUGGGAAAGCUCAGUUUAGCCAUGCUGCUGUCGCCUGCUGGAGCUGCCCCUCCGUGGAGGGA